AUGAUCUAUGUUCACCCAUACCUCUCAAAGAAAGAUCUGAGUCCACACAUCCAGUGCAAAAAGAUUGAUCUGAGUAGCGGGACAACCAAAAACUUGAGCCACAACAAGUUGUCAGAGAUUGAUCCUUCUGCCUUUGCAAAGCUGCCAAACCUGCAGGAAGUACAACUGAAUAACAAUGAACUGACGACCAUUCCUUCACUGGGAGCUGCUUCAGCUCAGAUCAUAUCCCUGUACCUGAAUCGCAACAGGAUCCAUAGGAUUGAAGCAAGCCAGCUGGAGCCUUUCAUUGCCCUGGAAACAUUGGAUUUAAGUUCAAAUAACAUCACAGAGAUCCUAAGUGGCUGUUUCCCAGUAGGGCUUCGUUUAAAGGAGUUGUACCUGGGGAGCAACAGAAUCAGCGUCCUGGAGACCAAGGCGUUUGAUAGCCUGUCACGAUCCCUACUAACACUUCGCCUGAAUAAAAACAGGAUCACCGAGCUUCCUGUUAAAGCGUUCAAGCUGCCGAAGCUAAUGCAACUGGAGCUGAACCGGAACCGCAUUCGUCUGAUUGAAGGCCUGACAUUUCAAGGACUGGGCAGCUUGGAAGUCCUGAAGCUACAGCGCAACAACAUAAGCAAACUAACUGAUGGAGCUUUCUGGGGUCUGGCCAAAAUGCAAGUUUUGCAUCUGGAAUACAAUGUUCUCACUGAGGUGAACAGCGGCUCCCUGUACGGUCUUGUUUCUCUUCAACAGUUUCAUCUCAAUAACAACUUGAUAUCCCGAAUCAGCCCCACUGGGUGGAGCUUCUGCCAGAAGCUAAACGAACUGUCAUUGUCAUUCAACAACCUCACCAGGCUGGAUGAAGGCAGCUUGGCAGACCUGGGAGGACUUCAGAUAUUACAGCUGAGCCACAACGCCAUCAGUCACAUUGCAGAAGGAGCAUUCAAGGGACUCAAGAGCUUGCACGUUCUGAAUCUAGACCAUAAUGAGAUUUCAGGCACAAUAGAAGACACCAGUGGGGCCUUUACAGGCCUAGAAAACCUAAGCACGCUGACUCUGUUUGGAAACAAGAUCAAGUCUGUGGCCAAGGAGGCAUUCUCAGGCUUGGAGGCCCUGGAACACCUGAACCUUGGAGGUAAUGCCAUCAGGUCUGUUCAGGAAGAUGCCUUUGCCAAGCUGAAGAAUCUAAAGGAGCUCCACAUAAAUAGUGACAGCUUCCUGUGUGAUUGUCAGCUGGAGUGGUUGCCGCAGUGGUUAACCAAGAAGACUCUGCAGGCAUUUGUGCAAGCUACCUGUGCCCACCCAGAAUCCUUAAAGGGCAGAAGCAUUUUCAGUGUGGUGCCAGAAAGCUUUGUUUGUGAGGAUUUUCCCAAACCCAAGAUCAUUGUUGAGCCAGAAACGACAAUGGCCGUCCUUGGCAAGAACAUUCGCUUUACCUGCUCCGCUGCCAGUAGCAGUAGUUCGCCCAUGACCUUUGCGUGGAAGAAGGACAACGAAAUCCUACAUCACGCUGAGAUGGAGAAUUUUGCUCAUGUCCGGGCCAGAGAUGGUGUGGUGAUAGAAUAUACGACCAUUCUGCACCUGCGCCAUGUCACUUUCUCUCAUGAGGGCCGUUAUCAGUGCAUCAUUACCAAUCAUUUCGGUUCUACCUAUUCUCACAAAGCUCAACUUACAGUGAAUGUCUUGCCAUCCUUCCUCAAAACUCCCCAUGACAUUGCUGCCCGGACAGGGACCACUGCCCGGCUGGAAUGUGCUGCUGGUGGGCACCCCACCCCUCAGAUUGCUUGGCAGAAAGACGGAGGCACCGACUUCCCUGCAGCUCGUGAGCGUCGGAUGCAUGUCAUGCCCGAUGAUGAUGUCUUCUUCAUCACUGAUGUGAAGAUUGAGGACAUGGGCAUGUACAGCUGCACCGCUCAGAACUCUGCCGGCUCGGUCUCAGCAAAUGCUACGCUGACAGUGCUAGAAACUCCAAGUUUGGUUCACCCAUUGGAAGAUCGCGUCGUAUCUGUCGGUGAAACCAUGGUGCUGCAGUGCAAAGCCACCGGCAGCCCACCACCACGCAUUAAUUGGCUGAAGGGGGACCAGGCUCUUAUAGUCACUGAGAGGCAUCACUUUACUCCUGGCAACCAGUUGCUUAUCGUCCGGAAUGUCAUGAUGGAAGAUGCCGGGAAGUACACUUGUGAAAUCUCAAACACGGUUGGAACAGAACGAGCACACAGCCAGGUGAGCGUGCUGCCGUCGCUGGGCUGCCGAAAGGAUGGGACCACUAUUGGAAUCAUCACCAUCGCUGUUGUGUGCAGCAUUGUGUUGACUUCUUUGGUUUGGGUGUGCAUCAUAUAUCAGACCAGGAAGAAGAGCGAGGAAUACAGUGUCACAAAUACAGACGAGACCAUUGUGCCACCUGAUGUGCCCAGCUAUCUCUCCUCCCAGGGAACUCUUUCGGAGCGGCAGGAAGCGGUGGUCAGAGUGGAGAAUGGCCAGCAGCCCAAUGGACACUUACAGAGCAAUGGAGUUUGCCAGACGGACAGAGGGAAAGAUCCAGAGGUCGAAGCUCAUCCUGUUGUCUAUCGACAGCCCAAGCUGUGCUUAGGAUACAACAAGGAGGCUUGGAAAGGAGAAGAUAUAGCUGACAGGAUGCUACUUGUGGACGAGACAGGCUACACCAUGCCAGUUGUUUGUGCCGAUUGCAGCGGAAGCACUGACAGCAUGAGUGUCACCAUUUACCCCAAAGAUCCCGAUUAUUGCCCGCUCCCUGCAGAAACGGUGCCUCCCAGUGUUUCCAACAGCAAAGAGUCCAGCAGGCACGAGAACAUGCUUGCAGCUGUCGAUCAGAGUCUUCCCAAGUGCAACGAGAGCGUAAGCCCCAGGGAUGCCUACAUCAGUGGUACCAUCUAUCCCAGCAAUCACGACAGGAUGACAGCUGCCAGCCCCAGCGAGGCACCUCACGUGGACCGAAAAGGUUCUUUGCAACCUUUAACAAACUCUUCUGAGCCUUACGGCUUCCUGCUGCCUCCUGAAGUCUCACUGGGGGCCUUAAAAGGAACUGCUGACCUAACCCAGACUUUAGCAGCAGAGGCGGAAGCUAAACAGACACUUCUCUCCAACGGACACUUACCAAGGUCAGGUGACUCCUUUCAUGAGUCAAGCCGCUGAAAGGAUCACAUUGGACUGCGGAAAACACUGUGUGCAAAUUGAACAGAUCUUACUCUGUCUCCAGAAUUUCUUUGCACGGAAUUAUCUUAAGCUACUUCUACCUCAGACAGUCUGUUACUUCUAAACAGACAGCUUCUCAAAGGAAAGGAAAGACAACAACAUAAAUUGAGGUAUACGAAGCAAGCUUGCGUGGGAGAACAGUGUCCUGUCUAAACGGUGCCCACUUGUACAUAGUUUUAAAUUUCCUUGAGAUGUAUCUGUGGCUCACACGUUGGCUUGCAUAUAAAGCACAGAAAUGCAAACAGUUAUUGUGUAAAGAAAAGUAUUUGAUAACAAAAAGCUGUACAUAAGAGUUUUCAUAUAUAUAUAAAUAUAUAUAUAUAAAUAUAUAUAUAUAAAUAUAAAUCUAUCUAUAUAUAUAUAUAUCUUCUAACAGAGGUUAUUUUAUUCCUUGGUGCAUGAUUGAACUGAGUGAAACAAUACAAUGUUGACAAUACUCAUGGUUUUCUUGCUAUAAGGUGAUUGUUAGGUUUUUUAAAAAAUGUCCAUUCCCCCCCCCCAAAAAAAAACAACAACCCUAAAUCUUUUGGUGCCUUAGGUAGAAAUUUGAAGAAUAAAUUGAUACAUUUCUAAUAGAGAAGACCUUGCUGGCAAAAUUUUCAUUUUACAGCAUUUGUACACCACAUUUUAUUCCAGCAUGCAUGGUUCAAACUAUGUGCUUUGGCACAGUUUCCAUUUGCUGUAGUUGGACUUACAUAAGGCUGGGCAGAAGGUUUGAGCUGCAUUUGAAAAGAAAAGUAAAGAGAAGUAGUACUGUUUAAACAUCCAAAUGUGACAGAUUAGGAUUUCCCAAGUGGGGAUUCCAAGCCAUGUUGCUACCACCUAAAUUAAUGACACCCUAAAUAAUCCGUAUUGCAAAUUCCCAUCUAAUUUUCUCCUCAGUUAGAUUCCAGUUUGGAUUCAUAAUCCCACUGUUUGGUUUUGAAGAAACCUUUGUGAAUUUUGCAGGGUCUUUUUAAAGUUCUCAUAAGAAAAACUGUUCAAGGGCUGUAACCACAUGAGGCUACUGUUUUUAUUUAAUUACUGCUUUGAGAAUUAUCAGUCACCUAAGCACUAUUAAAAUGCAAACUAAUAAACAAAAUGCAAUGUGAACAACACACAGGAAAAGCUGUUUUACUUAACAUUUUAAAUACAGAGCAUUUUAUUUAUAAGGGCUGCUGCUUCUCUUUAUGUUUUUAUAUGUGUACUGAAAUUUUACUUUUUCAUAGCAGUGUGUUUGUAGUUCAGAUUCUUCUGAAUAGAAAGUUGUUCAGCAUAGAUUACGACUUGGCCUGAAAGGGCAAAAAUGGCAUUUUGGGGGAUUUUUUUGGAGUUGGUUUCUCUCUGUGUCUUUCUCUCUUUUUAAAAAUAUUUAGCCAUGACUUAAAGGCCAGUUGCAGAAGAGAAAGACUAAGAAGAUAUAGUUUAGGGUCUUAUGGGAGGAAUUUCUAUAAGGACUUGAGGGCCCCCGCUCAUGAAGCCCUGUCUCCAUGGCACGAGGCACAAGAGGGCGUCUAGUGUUGCCCUCGUGCCAGUUGAAGCCUUUUGGGUGGCUCCGUCAUCAUCUUGAGUAGGUCAUUCCUUUCUAAAUGAGGCAAUUGACCGUUUCCUUGCACCAGUCUUUCAACCAUUUCCCCAACACUGAACGGGGGCUCAGGAGGCCUGCUUAGGGAAGAUGAUGCUCCUCAACUGGGAUGUGGUUAUCAAUCUUCUUCUCCGGAACCUGCAAAGGAAGCAACCAAAUGCCUGUGGCCUAUCAGCUGUGGGUACUUUAGGGUCGUUUCAUGUGGAAAAAGCAAAAAGGACAAUGGGAUUUCCUUUCAUCAGAAAGCUGACAAAAUCCACACAAACCUGGCAGAACCUCUGAACAUCUGGCAGUCCUGCAGCACCAUUAAAACAAUUUCCCACUUGGCACUCGGCUCCUAGGAAGGGGAGGUGUGCGGUUCCGAAGCAAGAGCCUCUAAUCUUUUUAACGGAAGCUAGCUUGCAUGAAGCAAUGCCAAGCCGGCUCCUGGUAUGUGUCGCUUCCUGACCGUAGACACACUUGCACUUUGUGGUAGCUGGCUGAUUUUGUGAGGUGCCAACGUGUAAGUACAAAAAAAUUAAAAAGUGGCCAAUAAGGAGAACUACCAUGAGUUAGGGUGCAUUAUUUCCUUGAUUGUUAAAAAAAAAAGGGUGGUUGUAGGGAGAAGGAGGUAAGUGGUAAGUUUUCUUAGAAGAGGUGAACUAGUAAAGGUUACAUUGAGGAGACAUGGGGACAGAGAAGCAUUGGGGGGGGGGCGAAGGUAUUGCCCUUCAUGAUACUAAGCACAUUUGCCAUAAUAUUACAGUUUUAAAAAGAUAUUGUAUUUUUGAAUAUGGUUAGCUGUUUAAAUAAUGUUACUUCCACUAAAUAUGUGAAUCUGCUGCUUCUGAGAGGCAAUGUGAAAGAGGAAGUGUUACUUUUGUGUACAAAGUUAUUUAUUUAUUAGAAGAUUUUGGUACAAUGUUGUACAUUGAGAAGUACAUUGUAAAAUUAUUGGAAGUGUCUAACAAAUGGCAUUGAAGUGUCUUUAAUAAAGGUCCAUUUAUAAUAUCAA